UGCACACCCACCUCAGGAAACUGCAGGACCCCAAGCAGCACAGGGGGGCCGGUAGCCGAAGGGGUGUCCCAGGCACCUGGGAUCAUCUGUGAAAGAUCAAAAGAAGAGAUCAGCCUCGAUGGCAACUUUGAUGACUUUUUUGACCAACCCCUGGCUGCACCUCCGUUUAUGUGUUCCAGAGUCAAAUCCAGCCCUGAAAUUUGGUUGAAAACCUUGCUUUGUGGGCCUUCAGCCCCACACACCCCUCCUUCAGGAGGAGGGCGACUCUUCAGACGUGCCUGGCUGCCAAGAUGGUGGAGUCCUCGGGCAGCAGCUCCAGCCGAGUGGGACAGAGGAAGAGGCCGCACCAGCAAUCCCCACCCGCUGAAGAGAAGAUGAUGAAGGAGCAAGGGGCUCCCCUCGGAGGGGGGCAGGCAAGGGGGCGCAGGCUCUGGGGCCUCCUCCGCAGGGGCUUCCGCCGGGCUGUGGAAAAGAUGAAGAAUGAGGAAAUGAAGACCCUCCACCUGAGCCAUGGGCUGCAGCACCAGUGCCGCAUCAUCCUGCCCAGCCCUGUGCGCCACGUGACCUAUGACCUGCAGAGAAGGGCCUUCGUGGUGCUGGACGCAGCCAACACGCUGCACCUGUUGACGGAGGACGGCUGCUGCAGGGACAGCGUGAAGGGCCUGGCCACCAUGACGGGCAUCCUGUAUGCCUCCCACGUCAACCAGUUUGUGGCCUGGUUCACAGGAGGCCUGCAGGUCCUGGACUCCCACUUCCAGCUGCUCUCGCAGGUGCCAUCCGCCCUGCCCAUCCGCUGUGGCAUCUACAGCAAGCAGCUGAACAGGAUCGUGACUGCCGGAGAUGGGAACUUGACCCUCUGGAGCUUCCGUUAUGGCUCCCGCAGCCUCCAGUGCCGAGCCAGUGUGAGCACCGGUCUGGGUCCCACUGAUCUCUUUGUCCGCCUCGCCUUGGACAUGGGCAGCACCAGCGAGCCCCACCGCUGCUUUGCCUCUUGUGCCACCGGCGUGGCCACCUUCGACAUCUCCAGGGGGAAUCUCCUGGCCUUCAGGACAAAGCUCCAUAGCAGAGAGAUCACAGACCUUGCCUAUUGUGAAGCCAUUGGCUGCGUAAUCACAACUUCACGGGACACCACCAUCAAGGUGUGGAACAAGGAGUGGCACAUUCAGAUCGUCUUUGUGGGGCACACCGCUCCAGUCAUUGCUGUGACCAUCUACCCUCACCGCCCCCUCAUCUUCUCUGCCUCCCAAGACGGAACCAUCCGCACCUGGAACCUCAACACCGUUGACCAGGUAGACCAGGUCCACGUCUUGGAGCCCGUGGAGUCCCUGGACACCCACACCAAUUCGCACGUCUUCUCCAUCUCGGGCUGCACCCUCAACCUCUGGAAAAUCAACCAGCUGUACUCGCUCUACACCGUGCUGGGUUCCCCCGCCAGGCGGCUCAGCUGCAUCGAUCUGAGGCUGCUGGGCAACUUCCCUGCUCGCAUCCUCUGCCUAUGCCAGGACUCCACCGUGCAGUUGCUGGAGGCCCAGGAUGGCACGCCUGUGUCUGUCCUCUCCUUGGACCAGUAUUCCCCGGCUCGGGAGGUGGCCUACUGCUUGCCCCUGGAGACGCUCUUUGUUCUGCUGAAGCAGGGCCAUGUGCUGCGUGUCAACGCUGCCACCAGCCUCAUGACGGUGAAGCGGUGCUUCAGCAGCAGCCUCUGGGAAUCCAAGCCCUGCUGCAUCCUGCUCUACAGCCACAUGGUGGAACCGGACAAGGUGUAUGCUACAUGGCUGGAAGUAACCCAGAACCAAGGCUACCGGAGGAAGUGGCAGAAAUCCACCAUCAACAUGCAGGACAGAAACAGAUUCCUGCCAAUUCUGGGGCACAAAAAUGGUUCCCUCAGUGUCAUAGAUUGGUUCUCGGGCCGAGUCCAGUACACCGUGGAGGCACAUAACCCUGAGCGUGUCACAGCACUGGCUGAGUACACUACGCAGAUAUGUGUCUUGUCAGCAGGUGCUGACCUCACGGUGAAGAUGUGGCGCCUCUUCCCCUACACGGAGGAGAGUCUCCUUCCCCUCCUGUGCUUCUCCUGCGCCUCCCCUGCAUGGCACAUGUGCUUCCUCGGAGAGACCCUGGCGGUGGCUUUCCAGGACCCUGAAACGGUCACUUACAGCAUCGUCCACUACAACCUGAUGGAGCAGACGCGCUCUGAGCACGGACCGGAGGAUGACGCCCAGGAUGACAUCACAGGACUCUGCUGCUGCCCAAACCUGCAGCUCUUUGCCUCGUCCAGCCGGGAUGGGUCGGUGAAGAUCUGGGACCACAAGAACAAGCUGCUCCGGCACCUGAAGCUAAACACCAUCCCGGAGAGCCUGGCCUUCGCCAACCACAAGGGGGACCUGCUGGUGGGCCUGGAGCAGCACCUUUACCUCAUCCCCCACACCAAAUACCUGCCCAGCUACUACCAGAUGCAGCUGCUGUGGGCAAAGUUCCUGGAGCCCCUCCAAGAUGUCUCGCUGCCCAUGAGCCCAUCCAGCUUUGAGGCCUUGGUGCAAGAGAACAACCGUCGCUUGAUGCAGGAGCUGCCUGUGAAGAAGUCUGAGUCCAGCACGUCCGACGUCUUCCAGGUGCCCCUGAAGGAGUCCAGGGAGGUCAGGGAAGCCAAGCUCAAGCUAGAGGGCAUUGCCCAGCUGGCAGAGAGGAACCGGGACCUGCAGCUGCUGCAGGAAGGGAAGAUCAGCCCGGCCAAGAAACGGCCCCUCACCAAAGAGAUGCGGGAGGAGGCCUUCAGGCGCUACCUGGGCUUCUUCUACAAGGAGCAGCUCAACCUGGAGGUGAUUCCUGAAGAGGAUCCCUUCGAUGCUGAUGAAGUGCUGGAAUCCCUGGGCCGGAUGGAUUCCAUCCCUGCCCUCCACGGACCCUCCAUUUCCCACAUGUUCCUGAGGGGCUUCGCUAAGCCCAGGAGUCUCGAAAUGAGCAGCUCCCUCUUUGUGGAUAUCAGCCCCACCCUGCAUUUCACCUCCUCCGUUGCAGUUCCUGGCACUCUUCAGGUGAAGAGGAAGAAGGUGGACGUUGGCGCUGCCCCCUCCUCUGCCAGGAUGCAGGAGACCCCCACCUGGGGAAGGGCUGAAGCUACCUUGACACAGGAAGCCCUGGAGACCAUCCGGCCCCUUUCAGCAAGGGGCGGCAGGCAAGGCUACCAGCCUGACCUGAGAAGGCCCACGCCUGCAGAGCCCUUGAGCCCGGUUAAAACAUUUGAAGCUCUGGUCUCGGUUACCCCAGAAACCCCCUCGUCCCCCAGCCCCUCCAGGCGCUUCAAGAGCGAAAAGAGUGUGCUCUUCAGGGAACCGGUAUCGGUGCAGCCAAGCCAGGAGCCCCAGACGUUCCUGUCCUCCACCUCGCAUUUGAAGAGCCCCCAACCGUCCGCCAUUGUCAAAGGUUUCUUUCCAGAGAGGCCCAGCAGCCCACAGGGGACUCUUGUGGAGCUCAAGAGCCAGAGUCUUCAGCUGCCCAGAAUAUCCUCCGGCUUCAUCCCCAACUCCGUGGUCGUCCAACAGCUUCACACCCUGGACCUGCUGGAAGCGGAGAAGCUUGUGAAGGUGAUCGGACCCCAGGAGGUGUCAGAGAGCUCCUCGAAGGCCAGUUUAAUGUGGACAUUUGAUGAGGAUGAACUAUCCAAGGAAGAACCGUGGCUGGUGGACCUGGAGACCACCUCCAAGUCUUGGAUCACGCCAGCCAAGGAAGACACUCCCUCCACAAAGCAGAGCAUGCCUGCGAUUUUCCUGACUCAGCUGGAUGAGUCCCAGUAUGCAGAACCACAGGCAACGAUGCCGGGAUUUGUCUUGCCCUUUGUGGACCAAGAGUGGUUCCAGAAUCUUUUCCCAGAGGGUAUCCGCCCUGAGAUGCCCUUGAAAGCCUUGGUGAGGAAGCUGCAGGAGAUGCUGCUCACCUCCAACUUCCACACCAAGACGGAAGUGCUGGGUGCCAUCGCCUACUUGGAGGACCAGCUGGAGGACAAGACGAAAAGGUGGAUCCAGUACACCCUGUUUGAAGUGCUGAAUCAGGAAGGCAACACCCCCUCUUUGCAGGAAAAGAGCCAGAAGAAGUUCAUCCUGGCUGCCCUGCGCGUUCUCCUGCACUUGGACAAAGACAGCCUGGACUUGAUGGUGGAGCUGAUGUCCUGUUACCUGAUGGCUGCUCCCUCCACCCGGGCAGUCUUUAAGGACAUGUUCAAGGAGUUGGGGCUGCAGGACCCUCACAACUUUUUCUUCAAGGAGAUGAACUCCUGGAUGGCGGGUAUGGAGGACUCCAAAGAGGCUGUGCGGAAACUCAGCAGGGAGUGGUUGGAGGAGAAGAUCAGGAUUUUCAAGGAACACAGAGCUCGCCUGUGGGAAGAAGAGGCCACCUCUGGGAAGCAGCUUUCCCCGGCCACCGACCACAAGACCCAGGAAAGGAAGAGGCCGGAGAAGAGCCGCAAAAAACCCAGGAAGCUGGCUGGAAAGCCGGCCAAGGCUGCCCACAAGACUCAGGAAGAGACGGAAAGCGAGGAGGAGUGGCGGGGGACGCACAGCUUGGAAGACCACCAGCCCAUUCGCCCCAUUGAUGCCAUCCAACAUUUUACGGAGAAGCAGCUGGAGAGAGAACUGGAGAAGCUGAAAGAGGUUGUCCCUUUGAGAACAGAUUCACCCCGGGACACGGUCUUGGCGUUGCCCCCUCUUCAGAAGUCCAAAGCGAUCCUGCGCCUCGGAGAGACCAACGCAAUGCUGAGAACGAGAAUUGCUAAGCGGUCCUACUUCCCCUUCAUCUUCACCCGCUACCUCAUGAAAGGCUUUGUCCCUUUUGUGAAGCUUCCUCUGCCAAAGGUCACCUUGCAACCGUUUCCAUCCCUUUCCAAGAGGCCGCCGUCGCCAAGGACCUUCACUGCCAGGCAGCAGUUGGUGCACAAGUAUUUCAUCCCAAAGUUUUCCUAUGCCGACAGCUACCCUUGAAGGCAGGGCUGGCUGGCAGAGGCCCAGGGCGGAGCCGAGGGGCUUCCAGGGCGGGAAUCGGACGGGUCCCUUGCUGAAGAGCCGGGUGGCACCAGCCUGGCACAGGAGCACAUGAACCAGUCGACCAACCUGGUAGCAAUAAUCAGAGAUUCUCCAGAGGUGUUUAAAGAGAUUUAAACUGACAAGAACCUGAUUUAUGACACCUGAUAAGAUUUCCAGACACAGGGAGCACCAAUAAAGAGGAAAGCUUGCCAG